GUAGCUGUAAGUUUAUAAGCACUUUGGUGGAACAAUUCCCGCUCUCAUUUGAGUUGUUGUAUUGUCGAAGUGAGACCAUUUUCAUUUAUAAUAAGUAACAGAAUGUCAGAAGUUACUCAAUCUAGUAGUUCAGAAAUGCCCAGCAUUGAUGUACCUGGUAAAACGGAUACAGAGUUCAUGAUGUCCAUUGUGAUAAUUUCUACGGCUGACCUUGCCAAGAGUAUGAAGGAAGCACUGCUCGAAUACCACAAAGCUCACGAGGAGCGAUAUAAACUCUAUGUCCAUGUUUCAGAGAGAGUGAAACGGCUACUGAGUAACUUAGCCGUGCAUGUGGAUUACUACAUAAUCUUGGCAGAUCCGAGACGAGCUGAUGCUGCAGAUAAAAUCAAAGAAGACUUGUUACAUCUCAGUCCUGUGUUUCUGGCCACCGGUCGGUGUGUGAUAGCUGUGUCCUGGCCAGAGGGAAUACCACCACACCUGGUUGCGACGUGCUCGGCAGAAGUGCAUAACGUCUGCAGAGACAAGAUGCUGCACAAACUAGUUCAGCGAGAAGAGGGCCCUGCUGGGAAGAUAUCUGGCUUCAGGAUGUACUAUGGCAGUACUGACUCACAUUUUUCGGAUAGGAUAUACCACUGUCCGAGAAGUCAUAUAUGAAACUUGCUUGGCGAUUUGGGAGAACAUGAGAGAGAGAGAGAGAGAGAGAGAGAGAGAGAGAGAGAGAGAGAGAGAGAGAGAGAGUGUGUGUUCAUUUCCAUAAUUAAAUGAGGAAAGGUGGAUUGACAUAGCAGAUGGUUUUAAUAAAAAUUCAGACUUUCCCAAUUGUAUUGGUGCCAUCAACGGGAAACAUCAGAGUAAUAAAACCACGUCAUUCUGGCACACUUUACUAUAACUAGAAAAAUUAUUUUUCCAUCAUUUUACUUGUUUUAUGCAAUGCUGAUUAUAAGUUCACAUAUAUAGAUGUUGGAGCGUAUGGAAAAUGUAGUGACUCGUGUACAUUUAAGCAAUCAAUUUUGUAUGAAAAACUCACGAAUCAAAAUUUACGAAUACCUGAGGGAAGCCCGAUUUUUAACAACGGUUUAUCAAUGCCAUAUGUCAUUGUCGGAGACGAGGCAUUUGGUUUAUCUGAAAAUUUAAUGUGUCCUUAUAGAGGAAGGAGUUUAACAAACAAGAAGAGAAUCUUUAACUACCGACUUUCUCGGGCUAGGCGUUUUAUAGAAUUGCACGUUUGGCAUUCUGGCAAACAAAUGGAGAAUUUUUCAUCGCCCAAUGGACGUUCGAGAAGACUUCGCGAUUGCCAUACUACAAGCAUGCUGUGUUUUACACAAUUAUGUGCACGAAAGGGAUGGUUAUAAAUUUGAAGACACAUUGUAUGUAUCUCCAGAACUGGAAAUUCCACCAGGUCAUACAGGCAGAGGGUGCCACUCAUCAUCAGCAUUUAUGGAUUUAUUUGCGGAUUAUUUUACAAAUGAAAAUCUGCUGGAGUGGCAAAACAGAAUUGCACUGGGGUAGUAAUUAUCUGUGUCGUUUAGAUAAUGUAUAUAACUGUUACUGCUUCAAAGUGACUUAGUAUCAAUUAUUGUUAAGUGUAAAUUAAUACCCUCUUUUCCAUUA